AUGUCAAAAGAUAAAAUAAGUUCAUAUUUAUUAAGUGAUUUAAACGUUCCGAGCGUUCCAUGUGAUUUAUGUGGCUCAAGAGCAAAUGCAGCUUUGAUAUUUGCACCGGUUCCCCAAGUAGACCAGUUAUACGAUAAAAGUUUUUUAGAGCGACGCGA